CGUCCACCAUAAGCAGAGAGAGCAAGAAAGAAAUUCAAUCGAAAAUGGCGGCGUGUGCGAGCACUUCAGCCUCCUUAGCCUGGAAUAUGGCGCCACUAAGAUCAGCGCUUCCUUGUAUUCAAUCGUCUUCGACCUCUUCACUUCGUUUCUCAUCUAGGUCUUCUCCCUCUCCACUGAGGCUUUCCCGAGCCAAAUCUCAACCAGGAACUGUCCGCGCCUUCGUGGGCCUUGCCCCUUUCCAUUCGCUCCUCUCUCAUUUUUCUCCAGAUUCUACAAGUUUCGAGCACACUUUCACCAUGAUUGGCAAUGGUUGCCGAUUCUUUGCCAUGAGACACGGCAGGAGGGUACCUAAACUGAAUAGACCCCCCGACCAGCGAAAGGCGCUUUUGCGAGGCCUCACAACUCAGCUUCUCAAGUAUGGACGCAUCAAGACGACUAGGGCGAGAGCGAGGGCAAUGAGAAAGUACGUUGACAAAAUGAUCACGUUGGCCAAGGAAGGCAGUCUUCACAAGCGAAGGCAAGCCCUCGGGUUCAUCUACGAGAAGCAAAUCGUGCAUGCUUUAUUUGCCGAGGUCCCAGAGAGGUACGGCGACAGAAAUGGAGGAUACACCCGGAUAAUAAGAACGCUUCCUCGGCGAGGGGACAAUGCACCAAUGGCUUAUAUUGAGCUUGUCUAGUGACCAACUGUUUGAUCUUGCCUUUGAUUUCUUGAAAUUAAUGUUAACAAGAGAUUUUGCUGGGCAAACAUUGUUGUAUCAUGCCACUAUGCCAGUGCUCCCCCUAGGCAAUUACAAUUUUAUUCUCACAUAAUUUUGAAAGCAAAGUAAAUUCCUUCGUUUGGUU